CACUUGUAUCAGUCUUUUCGCAUCACCUGAUGAAGGCAAUGUGUGCCGAAACGUAAAUUUUCGCGAUAAAAAAUAUAUUAUGUACUACCUAAUCAAGUUAUUCUACCAAUUUUUUUUCUAUAGACUGUUGAAAAUUUUUGUGUGACGUUCGUCACAUAUUGACGUAUAUGUGCAGUGAAUUUAUAUUCCAUUUCAUAGACAUGUCUCAAGGAACGUACAUUUACAAGGAUUUAGAUCCCAAAUCAGAGAAAAUAUUGAGUGAAACUUUUACCUCACAGUUCAGAAAAAAUAAUGUAAAAUACGAAGGUUUUUUCUUUUCUCAAACAAUCAAAAAUUUUGCUGAUGCGAUCAGAAAAAUGGAAAUUCGAGACGAUGAUAUUUGGGUGUGUACUUUUCCAAAAGCUGGAACAACUUGGACUCAAGAAAUGGUUUGGUGCUUAGCGAAUGGGCAAGACCACAGAGCUGUCCAAAAACACAUUAAUCAACGAUUUCCAUUUUUUGAGUUUUCCACUUUAAUCGAUUUUGCGGAUACAGAAUUUCCUGUUCCAGUAAAUUCAGUCGAAGAUGUUGAAAAAUUAGCUUCUCCUCGGUUCAUAAAAACACAUCUACCAUUUAACCUAUUGCCGGAAAAAUUGCAGAAUUUUUCAACCAACGCCAAAGUCAUUCAUGUCUUGAGAAACCCAAGAGAUACGUUGAUUUCAUAUUAUCAUCAUUACAGAACAGGCCACGAUUACAAAGGAUCUUUUUCUCAAUUCGCGGAGUUGUUUUUAAAAGGAUUAGUAUAUUUCGGACCAUUUCCAGCUCAUUUGAAAGGAUAUCUAGCACAUGAGAAAAAUCCAAAAAUCUUAUUUCUGAAAUACGAGGAAAUGCAAAAAGAUUUAAAAUCAGUAAUUCACAAAACAGCAAAUUUCAUUGGCAAGAGCAUCAGUGAAAGAGAAAUGGAAAAGUUACUGGACCAUUUAUCGUUUUCCAGCAUGAAACAAAAUCCAGCAGUAAAUUAUGCCUUAAGCUUGGAAAUGAGAAAAAAAUUAAACUUGAUCAGCGAAGAUGAUGGGCAUUUUAUGCGUCGAGGGAUUGUUGGAGAUUGGAAGGAAAACUUGAAUUCUGAAUUGCGCGAAAAGUUUCAGAAAUGGGAGGAAGAAACUAUGAGUGGAAUUCACUUUACCUUUUCUGCUUAAUGUCUAAAAUCAUUUACAACGAAGCAUUGCAAAGAAAAUUGUUUUAAUUUGAUAAAUUAUAUAUAAGAACAGCUACA